AUGUCUUCUGGCCAUGCCUCCCUGCGCCUGAGACGAGCACUUUCUUGUCGACUGAACUCCGUGUCGUUGACGUCCCGCCCUUUCCACAACCAAGCCGCGGAAGAUCCCAAGCGGAAGCCAUCACGGCGGCCAAAGAAGGCCUUCGACAAGCCUAAACGAUCGAGCAACGCCCCGGCCGGUGUCACGGUUAUCUCGUCCGAGGAAGCGAAGCGCUUAUUCGCAGAAGAUCUAGACCCGGGGCCGGAUCCGAAAUCACCAAGCUGGCCAGUACGAUCGUAUGAAAGCCGACUUCACACGAUCAGAGAUACCAAACGACCAGACGACAGUGCCCUAAGCCGGUUGAAGCAAGUCGGGACGCCGUCCCCUAGCCACUACAGAACCGUCGUCUUGGAAGGCGAUCCCGAGAGUUUCCCCGGAGAGACUGCUUUUCUCAUCUCAGACGGCCCUAACCAGGCCGUACGAGGCGGCUUCUGGACGCAGGCCUUCAGCCUCCUGAGUGGCCCGCCCAUACCGACAACAUCGUAUCAACCAACCCCUAAAUCCAGGGAAGCCAUGACGAACUACAUCCAAGUCGCCACGACGCCGACGGCGGACUCGGGCAGCAGCCUGAUACUCCACUUCGACCACCGACGAUACUUGUUCGGUCACCUCUCCGAAGGAACCCAGAGAACUCUGGGCCAGCGCAAGUAUGCCCUGGCAAAGCUGGAAAACUUCUUCCUCUCCGGCCAGACAAAGUCUGCAGUCACCGGCGGCAUCGUCGGUAUGAUGCUGACCGUUGCCGAUGUUCUGGACGGCAGUCGGAGGGAGUUCGAGCUGCAGAACCAAGAGAGAGAAAAGACCGGUAAGGCCAAGAUUCAGCAAAAAGGGUCGGGCCGCAUAGAGAUACACGGCGCUCGAAACAUCGCCUACAACAUCGCGGCGGCGAGGUCCUUUGUCUUCAGAAAGGGCAUGCCGAUUCGACCCAUCGAGCUGUUUGAAGACCCCCGGCCUGCGAACCCCGACCCUACCACGCCUGACUGGGAGGACGAUGCCGUACAAGUCUGGAAGAUGCCUGUCAUUGAUGGGCCGCCCGACGCGACAGUCUCUGGUACGUCGCGCAAGAGGAGCCACGAGGUCAUGUCUGCUGAGGAUGACAAUCUGACCGCUCGCCCCGCCCCUGCAGAUGCUCCCAAAGAUCAAGCCAAGAUCAACCAGCAGGCCACGGCUGCCGUGGUCGAGGACAUGUUCAACUCCAACUGGAGCUUGGACACCUUGCACGAAAUCAAGCUUCACGACGUCGAGCUCCCGGCCACCAUUUUCGUUCGGAAAGACGGAAGCCUCCACAAGUAUCAGGGCCCGCUCCCUGGCGACGCGGGGGAAGUCCCCAAUAUCGACGUGCUCGUGAGGUUCCCCUGGCCUGCUACCAGGGUAAACCGACUCCCGCCCCCGCCUUCGAGAUCCGACAUGUCUGUCUGCUACGUUGUCAAGAAUCGCGGUCGUCGGGGCAAGUUCAACCCCGUGGCGGCCAAAAAGUACGGCGUCAAGCCUCCUAAAUUCAAGCUGUUGACUGCCGGUCAGACCGUCGAAGGCGCCGACGGCGUCCAGGUCACACCUGACAUGGUCCUGGGAGAGAACAUCAAACCCAACGGCUUCGCAGUCCUCGACAUCCCAAGCACGGCAGCCGUGGAGUCUUUCCUCGCACGCCCGGAGUGGACCAAUGCUACUCUGAUGGAGAACGUGCAUUUGUUCUACUGGCUGCUUGGCAGUUCUGUGGUGGACGAUGCGCGUAUCCAGAAGGUCAUGCAAGAGAGGCCCGACGUGAAGCACAUCGUUUUGGCGCCAGACGCUUCCCCCGACAUGCUGUCAAUGAGCUCAUAUGCCAUCCUGCUGGCGAAGCUUCGACGUAUCGAUCCCGACCGCUUCCCCCGUCUCCAGUUCGACAACACAGUUCGGGAUCUCUCCUUCAUUGGUCCCAACGUCGAAGCUGCUCGCAGCGGCAUGACCGCCAUGCUAUCUCCCGAAUUUGUGCUCAAGAACGACGACGUCGUACCGUUCCCAACCUUCGCAGAGGUUGCCGAGAUGCAGGAGGAGGUUCUGGCUCUGGCCGACGAGGCUAAGGCAGCGACCAAAGAUCGUCAGUUCUUGGACGAGAUCGAGCAGCUCGAGCAAGACAUUCCCAACAGAGAUGCCGAGAUUAUUCCUCUGGGCACCGGCUCGGCCUUGCCCUCCAAAUACCGCAACGUCUCCUCGACGCUCAUCCGCGUGCCCCAGUACGGCAACUACCUGCUCGACUGCGGCGAAAACACCAUAGGCCAGCUACGACGUGCUUACCCCCGUGAAGAGCUGACCAGUAUCCUCCAAUCCCUCCGAUGCAUCUUCAUCAGCCACAUGCACGCGGAUCAUCACCUCGGCACGGCGAGCCUCAUCCGCGCAUGGUUCGACGCGACGGCGCACAUGCAGCCCCGGCCCAAACUCUACAUCGUGUGCCCACGGAACAUGAAGUACUAUUUGGCCGAGUUUGAACGGAUCGAGGAUAUUGCCUUUCGACACGUUAUAUUCCGCGACCGCGACCUCAAAGGUCAGCCGCUGGCGGAGCACGACCCGGACAUGGCCGAGACCACCGGCCUCGCCUCGUUCGCCAUGGUCCCCGUCAAGCACUGCAAGGACUCCUUCGCGGGCGUCCUGGCGUGGCCCUCGGGCCUGAAGAUCGCCUACUCGGGCGACUGCCGGCCCAGCGAUAAGCUCGUCGAGGCCGGCAAGGGCGCCACGCUGCUCAUCCACGAGAGCACCUUCGACGACGACAAGCGCGGCGACGCCGUCGCCAAGAACCACUCCACCAUGUCCGAGGCCCUCGACGUCGGCUACCGCAUGGGCGCCCGCCGCAUCCUGCUCACCCACUUCUCGCAGCGCUACGCCAAGGUGCCCAUCGUCGACAAGAGGCAGACGGAGAGCGGCGCCGACCAGGUCGUGCUGCUGGCUUUCGACCAGAUGCGUGUUAAGCUGGGCGAAUUCAGGCAUGCUGAGAAGUUCUUGCCUGCGCUCCGUCGGUACUUUGAGUUGAAUGCGGAGUAG